AAAGAUAUAUCAUAGCUGCAUACUUGGUUUAUACUUUGGUAUAAUUAAAGCAAUACAUUCUUAAAAAGAAACUCUUCGAUUGAUCAUGUCUAUCAUUUUUCUGCUUGUUGGUAUAUUGUCCAUUGGACUAAAAUUUACAGUUGUGCAAUCCGUAGGAGUUUGCUAUGGAGUGCUUGGCAAUAAUCUACCAUCAAGUCAAGAAGUUGUGGACUUAUAUAAGUCAAAUGGCAUUGACAAAAUGCGUAUAUACUUCCCAGACGAACAAGCCCUUCAAGCCCUUAAAGGUUCCAACAUAGAAUUGAUCCUUGAUGUGGCCAAGGAAACCCUAUCUUCUCUUACAGAUGGCAAUGAAGCUACAAAUUGGGUCCAAAAAUAUGUGACACCAUAUGCUCAAGAUGUAAAAAUCAAGUACAUCACUGUUGGAAAUGAAAUUAAACCUAAUGACAAUGAAGCCCAAUACAUUGCCACUGCCAUGCAAAACAUUCAAAAUGCAAUUUCAUCAGCAAAUUUACAAGGCCAAAUCAAGGUCUCAACAGCAAUUGACAUGACUUUGAUUGGUACUUCAUAUCCACCCAAUGAUGGUGCUUUCACUGACCAAGCAAAGCAAUAUUUACAGCCAAUAAUAGACUUCCUAAAGAACAAUGGAGCACCACUUCUUGCCAAUGUGUAUCCGUACUUCGCUUAUAUCGGUAAUAAGCAAAGCAUUUCUCUUGACUAUGCUCUUUUUAAACAACAAGGAAACAAUGAUGUUGGGUACCAAAACCUCUUUGAUGCCCAAUUAGACUCAGUAUAUGCUGCUCUUGAGAAAGUUGGGGGUACCGAUGUGAAGAUAGUUGUGUCCGAGAGUGGAUGGCCAUCUGAUGGUGGAGAUAGUGCCUCAACUGAUAAUGCUUCCACAUAUUAUCAAAAUUUGAUCAAUCACGUCAAGAAUGGGACUCCUAAGAGACCCGGAGCAAUUGAGACAUACUUGUUUGCCAUGUUUGAUGAAAAUCAGAAGACUGGUGCAGCAACUGAACAACAUUUUGGUCUCUUUAAUCCUGACAAAUCAUCUAAAUAUCAAACAAGUUUCAAUUGAAUAAAUUGAUAAUUUAAAAAAGAUAUGCAGCUAAAUAUAGUUUACUAUGAAUAAUUGUGCCAUGUGUGCACAUGUUAUUUCCAUCUUUCUUUUUUUUUUUGACAGAAUUUCCAUCUUUCUAUGUAUGUCAUGAAUUAAAUAAAUGAAACAUCAUAUCAUAUAUUGUUACUUAUGUAA